AUGCUGAGUGUUCAGGGGGGGGCUCCAUCAGUAUGUGGUCCGAAGCCCGAGGCCGGACCCCGGAGCCCGGGUGUUCGUAGGCGAGCCACGUCCCCGCACUACGUCAUUGAUAUACAGAACAAGCACCACACAGGGACGGACUCAAUACACGCAUGUCCACACUGCACGCGUGAGCGCUCGUCGCGGGCGGGCGCGGGCGACACGCUCCGCGAGUCAAGCGCGAAUUAUGCGCUUUCUAAAGUCAUGCUCGGCGGAGUGACGACUGACGAGAGCAGCCAGAUGGUGUCAUCAUUACCAACGACAGACGUCCAGACGGGAAUGACUUUAUUAAAGUUAAUUAUAUCUAUUAUUGUAACACGCACCAACAGAUCCACGAGCCUCGGAGUUAGACUCGUGGAGACGCGUUCCACUGACCAAUUGUUAACAAAAUGA